UCUUCUUCAUCUUGUCAUUUUCCAGGAGUAGACAGAUUACUAUUAUUUACUAUUGACUAUUUAUUACUAUAAUUUUGUUACUCCUCCCUCCGUAUUCUAAGAUUCUAGAAAUAUGAUCUACAACUAGUAGCAACAGGAUCUUAAUAUAAAUACUACCAUACCAUACCAUACCAUACCAUACCAUAUCAUAUCAUAUCAUAUCAUAUCAACUCGGAAUCCUCCCCAAGAACAACAACGACAACCAGUAUUCAACAGAUAUCUUUUCUUUUACGCCUUGUUUUCCAUUCUUAAAACUUCUUGCAUUGGACACCCCAUACCAUACCAUACCAUACCCACGAGUACCUACUUUAUUUUCUAUUUCAUGUCGACUGCCAUAAAUGUUUUAAACAUUACACACCGCAUACAUACCCCAUUCAAAUUCUUUCGAAUUCCCACAAACAAGAAGAGGAGGAUUAUCUAUUCAACUCUCAUAGACGUCUCCCUUGUAGAAUUUCUUCAAGUCUCUUCAAAGUAUCCAUUCACACAAGCACGACAAGCCACAGAAAACGAAUCCAAUCAAUCAAUCAAUCCAAGCAAUCAACACCUUUGACUUAUUACCUACGAAAAAGUACAAAUUACCGGGUACAUAACCACAUAACCAUCUCAUAUCCUACUGGUGUACCCAGACCAGACAUAUCUCCUACAUAUCUACAUCCCUACUUUCAAAGUUCAUUCAAGGGUUUUCUCUUAUUUUAUCACUUGAUUUCUUGGUGGUUGAGAACGAAAUCAUCCUUUGUUACUUGGAUUUUCAAUUUCUCUAAUUAUAUCAUUCAUUCUAUAUUUAUUAUCUCUUUCACCAGUUAACUCGAAAAGAAAGAGUCGGGGAUUACUUUUUCCUCGUUCUUUUUAACCAAAAGUCCUUCCCCAUGUAUUCAUCAUUGCCCAGUUCGCCCUGGAAUCCCACUACUUCAAUAACAUCCAUUGUACGAGAACGAACAUCUUCUGCGCAACCAGUCUCACCUGUCUCCCCACAACCAGCUUCCAUAUCAUCACCCACAUCAACUAGAGGUCGUCUAAGGGGUUUAAGUUAUUUACGAAGUUACACACAAAAUCACUUAUUAUCAAGGGAGAAUCAUAAUAAUAACCACAAUUCUUCGACAAAUAAUCAAAAUUCACAGCCCGCGAUCUCACGCACUACCUCGCAUCCUUCAUCCCCCACGUCAGCGACUGCAGCUUCUAACGCCUCUGCUGCAGCCUCGCCUACAACUCCUGCAACCGAGAGUCUUCCUCGACAAACUUCACCCACUGCACAAAGAUCCGCAACGACCGACGAUUUGACAGCGGGAGGAGCGAAUAAUCAAGAAAAUCUAGGUUCUACGAGUGGCUGGUUACCGACAGUAGGAGGUCACAGCGGAGUGUCAAGCAUCCCAACUCAACCACAACCUACUGCGACUGAGUCCUCUUCAGCCGUCUUAUCGGCCAACGAUUCAUCUGCGAUAACCUCGGGUCUUACGGCGUCGAUGGCAAGAACUCGAUCUGCAGGAAGCGGAGGAGCAGCAGAUAUGCCUUUACUUAAUGGUCUGGGAGAAAAUGGUCCUGCAUCUGCAGGGGGCGCCAUGUCACAUCAACUACCAUCAAUUCGCUUCUCUCCGCAUCAAGAUCCUCGAGCUCAUCGCCCAUCCCUCGUAUUUGGUACCAUGAGUCGAACACUGCCGACCGGAAAAGAAGUCAUAAAAGUUGGUCGAUAUUCCGAACGAGAUAACCAACCACCUCAUGCUACGAAUGUGCCAUCAUUUGCACCAGUUGGAUUCAAGUCAAAGGUGGUUAGCAGACGUCAUUGUGAAUUUUGGUGUAGCGGAGGCCGCUGGUUUAUCAAGGAUGUGAAAAGUUCAUCGGGCACAUUUCUCAAUCACAUACGAUUGAGUUCUCCUGGGACAGAAUCGAGACCAUAUCCAGUAAAUGAUGGUGAUAUAGUUCAGUUGGGAAUAGAUUUCAAAGGUGGCGAGGAAAUGAUAUUCAGGUGUGUUAAAAUACGAGUGGAGCUCAAUAAGGGAUGGCAAACUGGUCCAAGCAGUUUCAAGUAUGUAUAUCAUCCUGAUGAUGAAACUAAUAUAUAUUUGCUGACGCCCUACCCAGUGUUCAAUCUCAUAAGCGUUUACGCGAGCUCAACAACAACUUGAAGAAACAAGCAGCCGGUGGCUCCAGUAAUUCCUCGCAAGAUUGCUCGAUUUGUCUUGGACCUAUCGCUGUAAGUCAAGAAAUCGCACCCAUUACUUGAUAACCUUUAACUAACGCACAAAAGCCUUGUCAAUCUUUGUUCGUCGCACCAUGUUCUCAUACAUGGCAUUACAAAUGUAUUCGAGUUGUCAUUAACGGUCCUACUUGGCCUCAUUUUAUAUGUCCGAAUUGCCGUACGGUCGCAGAUCUCGAGGCAGAGCUCGAUGAGCCAGAUGUGGAUUGGGAGGAAUUAGCGGCAUCAGAAGGAGAGCCGGAGGAAACAUCAACGCCUGCAGCAGAUACACCAACACCUCAUGAUACCGAGGCCGUAGCUGAGGAAGCUAUUCCACAAACGAGUAAUCCCACGGCAGCUCCAAUUCUACCAGAGCAGGAGACCUUUGAACCUCUGAAUAUCCAUCAGACCGAUGAUGACCUUGAUAUUAGUGACGAUUCCAGUACAAGUGCUCACGCCCAUGAAACUGGACUCGAAGAUAUGGCAUAUCUCCACGUAAGCGAUUCAGCGACAAGUUCAAAUUCAGCCACAUCGACUGCUCAGAUCCACCAUAGCUCUACAGUGUCACCGGUCGAUAUAAUUGCAAGAAAACCAGUUCCUAAUGCGUUAGCUAGCUCGUCUUCGCGUGUCGAGAACAUCCGUGGCUCGCCAAGUCCUAAUGGGAUGCACCCCGCACUAACAGAUCCUCUUACUGGCGAAGGACCUAUGACACCCAGGAAUGAUGUUGGACCAUUUAUUUUCGAUGGCGGCGCGGGACGAAAUGGCAUUCGGCUAGCAACUGGAGCGGGGGAUUUGGAUUACACCGAAACUCCAACCACAGCUCAGGCAGCACCACAAUCUGCCCUAUAGACAACUCUAUAUAUGAGGUAUCAACGCGAGGCGAUUUGUCAUCGGAAUAUUCUGCAUUUUAGCGAGGGCGGAGUCAAAGUGGGCGGCCGGAGGUCUAAUGCUAUAAUCGACAAUUUUGUACUCUUAUGAUGAUGGAUAACGAACGAUCCGCUUACAUAGUUUCGAGGAGAUAGGUGGCUGAUCGGUUAGUUUUCACGUCUAAGAAGGUGAUGGUCGUAUAUUUGGAGCGGAUCUAAAGUCAUAUGAACUCGGCGGUGGAGUCAAUUGCUUGUUAUACUCGCUGGGAAAAUACGGGAAUGAGGAAGGGAACGAGGAACUAGGAGCGAGGAGCUAGUAACCUCACUACAUACCUACGCAUUUGCAUAUACGUACGCGGUGGUGAACGGAAAUAGGAAUAGGGGUCAGGAGAGGAGCAGGAGGAGAUAUCUCGCUUGAAUUGAAAUGGAGAACCAUCACAAUGAUUGCUCGAGUCAUCCAUCAUAUGCAUAUAAUUAGGCGUUGGGUUGGUGGAAGAAUGAGAGUGGAGGGAGCGAUACCUGAGGGAUGUUUGAUAACGAUACUGAUAUUGAUAAGUUGAUACUUGAUACUUGACACUUAGUCUGAGAGGAGAUGCUUAUAUGGAAAUGAGAACUGAAGAAUACAUAUUUUGCUUGCUUUGCUUGCUAUUUUAAUUAAUGUUGAAUAUAUGUUUAUUUAUUUAUUCAUUUAUUCAUUUGUUCAUUUAU